ACAGUUAAAAUUUAUUCCCACGUGAGGAGAAAAAAAAGAAAAAAAAAAUCGACCUAGUAGGCGGCCAACCCGCAUUAAGCACGAAUCGCGAACAAUGCAAAGCACUCCAAACUGAUAAAGGCCUACCAACCUACACGCGUAUCAUACGCAGGUAAGAAUAACUUGUUCGCAUUUGCAGUAUGUGUUUUAUGGUCCUUCUUCAACAAAGAUACUUAUACCCAUGCCUACACGUAGCAGUACCCCCUAGGGGCGAACUAACCUCACCUCCCAACUGCUGCAAAGGAGAAAACUAUGGCUGCGCUCGAACAGAGGAGGCGAAUGAAAAAUGAUUAAAACAAAAUGAAGGGAAACCUGGAAAGCAUCGUACAGGAUGAAAACGAAUACAAGGAAGAAUGUAUUUUUACAUCAAUUGAUAUCUUUAGUGGACCUCACAACUAUUUAAAUUUCCACUACAUUUGUGAAAUAAGUUUUAACGACAUUAGUUUUAUUUCCCCAUACCACUGCUAUUUUUUUCUGCGAAAUCAGUUCGAAAAUGUUGACAAAGCGGGGGUGAAUUAUAAAGAAAAUAUCGGCGCGCAGUUCGAUAGGGAGGUCUACUGGAAGGUAAUAAACGAAAACAAGGCCACAGAACUAUUUCAGAACGAAACAGCUAUUUAUUAUGAACAGGGGGAGUUACCAGAAUGCAGACGGAAGGCGCUGGAGAAUAUCGCCCAGGUGGUUAACAAGAUGGCUGUCUCAGAUUUGGAGGCCAUUUCACCCUACCUCGGGGAGAACCCAAAUUGGAAGAGAAACAAACUGACCUGGAUGGACAUGAUCCAGAGGGACAAAUUCCGAAGAUAUGAAAAAAUGAGAGAAAAUUUAAAAGAGACAGGAAAGCGAGAAAUCGUAUACAAAGUGAACAAGGAAGAUGUAGAAAAAGUGAAAAAUAAAAAAAUGAGAAAAGAUUUCUUCUUCUUUGGAGUUUACGAAAAAAGAGGACAAAACAAUUUAGGCAGAAUCUACAUGAGCAUAAGAAACGACCUCGCCAAAAAUACGGAAAUUUACGCGUGGCUCUUAACAAACUGUAACAUGCAGACAGAUCCGAGCCUUGUAGCAGACAUUUCGAUAGAGGAAAAGUACUUGCAAAGGCAAAUAAUACAAGAGGAGGAUGACUAUGUAUAUAAUGAUGCGCUAGUGAAGGAAACUAAAAAGAGUCUUGCCGGAAACGAUAACCUCUCUAGCGGACGCGUAACCGUGGAGGAGAAAACACAAAAUUACUUUUUCGAAAAAAAGGAAUAUAUAUCAUUUGGGAAAAAUGAGCAGAAUGAUAUUAUCUGUCUAAACCCAUCCAUCUCAAGAUUCCACUGUGUGCUGUUUUUUUCCAAGGACUACCACCUGUACCUUGUAGAUGUGGGAUCCAAGUCAAGGACAAAACUGAACAAUAACUUGUGUGAAAUUCAUAAUAAGUACAAAAUUACGAACAACGAUAUUAUCACUUUAGGGGUGUCUAAAAGAACGUACAAAGUUAGCAUAAACAUAGACAGCGUUUUGUCCUACCUAGAUAAAAAACAAAGUGAAGUUAAUCGUAAAAUGAGAAUUAUGAGUGAAGAUCUGGAAAACCCACUUGGGGAAAAAAAUCCACUAAAAUUAAAAAUUUCUAAUAUUUUUUAUAAAUGUAACGAAAACGACAUAAUAGACUUUUUCAAAGAUUGUGGUGAAAUUAAGAAGAUACACUUGUAUGAUGCGAAUAGGGGGGCGGAACGACAGAAGGUGAAAACGGAUGGCAAAAAAAACAGGUCCUUGAAGGAAGCACUGGUUGAAGUUUACGACAAACAAACUUCUGAUAAAAUUAUGCAAAAAAAUGAAUCCUAUUUAUACGGACGGAAAAUUUAUAUCAUCUAUCAACCAGUGUCUACAUAUAAGCCACGUCAUGCAAAGGUGCCCCCGAAAAGAGAUCGACCUUUUGACGUACAAAUUACGUCCAAAAGGGGCAAGUACCAGGGGGAGAAAAUUACCCUUGAAGGAGACCGUUUUAGCCGCUUCAGUCGCAGGGAUGAUAGAGGGGAGAAGUUUGGUGCGGAGCGGAGGUCACCCAGAAGGAGGGGAAGUGACAGAAGUGGUAGUAGCGGGGGUCGUCAUAGAGGUGGACGGCGUGAUGAACGGGGGCGAAGUAGGCGCAGGAAACGAAGCGAAAGUUUUGGCAGUAGUAGUAGUAGUAGCAGCAGCCCCGUUCGGCAAAGAAAGCGUAGUGUUAGCAGCGGAAGUAGUACUGGAAGUAGCAGCAGCCGUGGCGGGCGAAGGGACUCUUCGCGAAGCUCUUCGAAACGCAAAAUACGUAGUGAGAGACGAGAAGUUGAAGAUAGAAGGGCUGUCCAAAGAAGGAGAAACACAUCUAGUAGUCGCUCCAGCAGUGAUAGGGGCAGUGACGAAAGUAGUUACAAGAGUAGUAGAAGUAAUAGUAGCAGUAGUGCCAGGCGUAGUGGCAGAAGUAGAGACAGUAGUAGUAGCGCAAGUAGCGACCAUAAAAGGCGCUUAAGCAAAAAGAGGCACAAAGUGUGA